CGGCCUUUGUGGUUUGUCGGUUGUACGGGCGCUGCUGCCCGCGCCACGGAUCCGAAGCUCCCGGGACCCCGGAGGUACAUCCUCCUAAGGAAGGUUAAAUCAGGGGAUCUUAAAUCAGUUACCCCUCUGCCUCAGGCUGGAGUGAGCCCUUCUAAGUUAAUCCCAGAAUGGCUUCAACAGGGGAACAGGAUGGACUUAAGAUUGUGAAGGUAGAGGAAGACCCUAUCUGGGACCAAGGAACCUACCUUCAGGAGAGCAGCUUUUCUGGCCAGGAGGCCUCCCGCCAACUUUUUAGGCACUUUUGUUACCAAGAGACUCCUGGUCCCCGAGAAGCACUGAGCCGGCUCCGGGAACUCUGUCAUCAGUGGCUGAGGCCAGACACACAUACCAAGGAGCAAAUCCUGGAGCUCCUGGUGCUGGAGCAGUUCCUGACCAUCCUGCCCGAGGAGCUCCAGGCCUGGGUGCAGAAGCACCAUCCCGAGAGUGGGGAGGAGGCGGUGGCUGCAGUUGAAGAUCUGGAGCGAGAGCUAAGUGAGCCAGAGAACCAGGCCCCAGACUGUGAACACGGACAUUCUGACGUGCUCUCAGGGGAUGCAGUGCAUUUGAAGGCCAAGCAGGAAUCAACAGCUCUCCAGGUUCAGUCCAUGGUGACACAGCUCAAAUGUGAAUCUUUUGGGCCCCACAAAUUUGGAGAACAAGAUGGUGAAACUGUACUUGAAAACCAGGACUUGGCAUCAAAACAAGAAGUCUUAAAAGAAAUGGGACAUUUUGAGAAUAGCAGACUCCAAAGAGAUGUUCCUUUAGAUUCUAAGUACAGAGAAACUUGUAAACGUGAGAGCAGGGUAGAAAAGCAGAGGGGACACCCCACUGGAGAGAGACGUCACAGGUGCAACGAAUGUGGGAAAAGCUUUACCCAGAGUUCAGUUCUCAUUCAGCACCAGAGAAUCCACACUGGGGAGAAGCCAUAUGAAUGUGAAGAAUGUGGAAAGACCUUCAGCCAGAGGUCAGGCCUAGUUGAACAUCAGCGGAGCCACACUGGAGAGAAACCCUAUCAAUGUAAGUAUUGUGGGAAAGCCUUCAGUGCCAGCAAUGGCCUCAUCAGACACAAAAGGAUCCACACAGGGGAAAAACCAUAUGAAUGUGAAGAGUGUGGGAAAGCCUUCCGCCUGAGCUCAUACCUUGUUCAGCAUCAGAGGAUACACACUGGAGAGAAGCGCUAUCGCUGUAACGAGUGUGGUAAAGCCUUCAGUCAGAAUGCGGGGCUUUUCCAGCAUCUCCGAAUCCACACUGGUGAGAAACCCUAUCAAUGCAGUCAGUGCAGUAAAAGCUUUAGUAGGCGAACACUCCUUAUAAAGCAUCAGAGAAGCCACACUGGAGAGAGACCAUAUGAGUGUGAUGAGUGUGGGAAAGCCUUCAGUCAUCAUUGCAACCUCAUUAGGCAUUUUAGAAUCCAUACUGUUGCCAAACUGGACUAAUCCCAUGGACCACCAGGGCCCCAAAUGGGGUGAUCUUGGAAAGUAGGAUUUUCAAGUGGCUUAUUUUGCUCUUAUGAAAUUUAUUUUGCUUUGGAAUGUGUGGCUUUUCUGCAGACCAGGUGCUGCUGUCUCCUGGGUGGAUGACUUGGCAGUUGCUUGACAACCUCCUUCUUCCCUAUCCCUUGGUUCAUUUCUAAUGAUUUCUCUUAAAGGGACCAAAUCUUACCUGGAGAUAAAUUGGUAUGGAGGGGCCGUUAUUGAGUAAUAUUUAACAUUGAAUAACUCUAAAUGACUAGCAAUUGUGUAUACUUUUUUUUAAGAUUGGGUACAUUCAAAAGAUAUUCAGAGAUUAAUCUUUUUUUUGUAAAAGUGACAUUUUAAACACAAUUAAGAUUUUGGGGAAUAAGAAUCAUUCCCAUUCCCCUAGGAAAUCAUUGCCACAGUCUCCCCAGGAAUUUAAUGGAUGAUUUCUUUGUUGCUUUUAUCAGAAUGGGCGGCAAACUCAUUUAUUAAGCAGCAUUACCCAUGGUGUGAAACCUAUAGAU